AUGGCGGGCGUCCCCGAAAAGGCUCGGUACUACCUCGAGCGCGCAGUCCCCCAGCUCCGCGAGUUCGAAGCCAAGUCCAUAUUCUCUCCCGACGAGAUCCGCUCCCUCGUACGCAAGCGCACCGACUUCGAACACCUCGUCCUCUCCCCGGGGAACAAGCCUGCCGACUGGCUCAACUACGUCGCUUGGGAAAAGUCACUGGAGUCGCUUCGUACUAAGAGAUGCCGCAGACUAGAGGUUCGCACCUCGUCCAAGCACACUGGCCAGGGCAGGGUCUUUGGCAUACUGGAGCGAGCUGUGACCAGGCAUCCCGGAAACCUGGACCUCUGGAAAGAAUACUUGACUUAUGCGAGGGACAUGAAAGCGACCAAGAGGUACCGCAAGGUCAUGACCAGAGCGCUGAGGAUGCACCCGGCCAAGCCAGAGUUGUGGGUGAUAGCUGGCCGGAGAUCGGCUGCCAGUGGGGACAUGCAGGCCGCAAGAGGUUUCUUCAUGCGUGGAGCUCGCUUCUGCACCAGGGACGCGACCGUGUGGCUUGAGUAUGCGCGGUGUGAAAUGGAGUGGCUGGAGAAGAUGGAUACCCGGAAAGGCAAGAAAGGUGGUGCUGAGAAGGCGAUCAAGGAACAGGCCGUACACAGCGACGAUGAGAUAAAGCUGGGCGGCGAUGACAGCGAUGAUGACGUCGACGAGAACGGCCAACUAGUAUUACCGGAUGUUGACGAUUCAGCGACCAAGAAGGUCUUUGACUUCGACACCACCAAGACACUCGAGAGUAAUCCUGCGCUGGACGGUGCUAUCCCUAUUGCCAUCUUCGACAUAGCGAGAAAGCAGGGCUUCUUCAAUGCCACAGUGGCCGAAAGAUUCUACGAACUUUUCGCCAACUUCACCAAGGUCUCCACGCAGUCCAAGAUCGUGCAACACGCCCUCGAUACCAUGGUCGAGUUGUACCCCAACGAUUCCGCCACGUGCUAUUGCUACAUUCGACAACCAUUGAUCAAUGUCGACCCAAACGCGCCCUCAUUCCCUCGAGCUCUCAGGGAAGCUUUAGCUCGCCUGAAGUCCUCACUCGACACAACGACAAACAAGCCCCAGUUGGCCGAAAAGACAGCCUCGUGGAUGGAGGGUAUACUAUCUUCCGAAGACUUGGACUCGGGCAUCCGCACAGUUCUCGAAUACACUCAUCGAACCUUGCCUAAGCCUUGA